CGCUCUGACAAUGUGUUGUUGUGUGAUUGCCAUUGUGAAAGAGGUUGCAGUUCACUAAAAUGCAGUGGUGCAGCAUGCAAAUGCCAAGCACCUAACAGCCUGGUUUGAAUUGCUGGCCAUGUUGCAAACUAAUAAGCUUAUCAAAUAUUAUGUAGGGCAUAAACUAAGAAACUUCCAUCAAAACAAAAAGCAUGGACUGCCUGAGAUGUCAUUAAUAUGAAAGGAGAAAUCUCUAGUUUACAUCUCUAGUUUUUGUUUACAUACGAAACAAAAAAAAAAAAAAAACGCCCAACGAAAGUUAUGUAACCCCAUUUCCUAUAUAGCAGUAGACUGCCCCCUGGUGGCAAGUUAGCGUUCAACGUUCUAUUGGUUUGGUCUGAAUGAAGUGUAAAUUCAUCCAUCGAUUGUGCUGGGUCAUUCAUACAUAUUCUAUGAUGCACUGGCUCUGAGUAAAAUAUAACUGUCCCUCCUAGCCACACACUAAAAUGAUCGCCAUUCCAGCAGCAAGUUCACUCUAAAAGUGUCUAUGUCACACGUAAAGGCAAAAGUAGCAUAUAGCAUUUGACUUAAGAGUUAUUUUCAUUUAUUAUAUUAUCUCAUUUUGUAAGUGAGACAAAAUGAGCUUAGCUGUCAGUCGUGCGCCUCGGAAGACAGCGGGGAAUCGGAUGUCCAAACUGCUGGAUGCUGAAGAAGAGGACGACUUUUACAAGACAACCUAUGGUGGCUUCAAUGACGAAUCAGGAGAUGAUGAAUACAAAGGAGAUUUGACUGACACAGAAGAUGAGGUGGACAGUGACUUCGACAUUGAUGAGGGUGAAGAACCAAGCAGUGAACAAGAAGAAGAUGGCCCUCGAAGAAAAUGUAGGGUUGUCACCAAGGCCUACAAGGAACCAAUCAAGGCCGUCAAACCCAAGCUCAAGCCCAAGAGGCAAGCCGAACCCCCCCGAAAGACGGCCAAGGCCAAGACCGACAAGCACAAAGCCCUGGAGCCUCAGGAGGACAUCACCAAAAACAGGAAGUCCGUGCGUCAGUCCACCACGGAGCACACCCGUCUGACGUACCUGCGGCUGCAGGAGAGGCAGGUGGCCCCGCGGCGGAGGAAAGGUGCCCGGCACGAGCGACCCCUGACGCAGGAGGAGCUGCUGGCCGAGGCCAAGGCCACCGCGGAGAUCAACCUCAGAUCGCUGGAGAACUAUGAGCGGCUCGAGGCCGAUAAGAAGAAACAGGUCCACAAAAGGCACCAGUGCACCGGCCCCAUCAUCCGCUACCACUCCGUGCUCAUGCCCCUGGUGUCCUACCCCGCAUUCAAGGAGGAGAAUGUGGAUGUUGAAGGUUUGGACCAGGACACCCAGGGUCCGGCUCCUGUGGCCUCCCAGUCCGAGUCGUCCCUCCCCGGCGGUGCCCCGCCGCACGCCCCCGUGGGCAGCAAGUGCUCCCGCACGUACAUCACCUUCAGCGACGAUGCCACGCUCCAGUCCUGCUUCCCCCACAGGCCCCGGCCUCAGAUCCCCGUGCAGGAGGUCUGCCCCGUCACCCACAAGCCCGCCCUGUACCGCGACCCCAUCACGGACAUCCCCUACGCCAACCUCCGGGCCUUCAAGAUCAUCCGCGAGGCCUACAACAAGUACGUGGCCGCCCACGGGCUGCCCAACCCCGGGCCUGGCACGGGCACCGCCGCCACCACCACCGCAGCCACCGCUGCAGCGGAGACCUUCUCAAAGGGACUGAGGCAGAGGCUCACCGUAAAGCAAGGCCUGCUUACAUCUUAGACUGUCAGAUGGUGGGACUUGAGGGAGGCUGAGUGACAGGGUGGACACGAACCUAAUUAAAGAUGGCAGACAGAGAUGUAGUAUCUGCUGUUGUAUGCUAUAUCAGGAAGUUACUGUUAUCACUGUGCUGAGUUUUAAAAGACAGUUCGAGCUGAAUUUAUAUUUGUGUAAGAAGGGUAUUAAUGUAAAUUUGGCCAUAGAGGAAUGUUUUUUAAUCGGUCAUAUUUAGUUUGAAUGUUGAUUGUAUGACAUUUAGUUAAUGUAGAUGUCUGCAGUGUUUUGAUUCUAUACCUUGUAUUUAUUAAAUACUUUCUACAAAGUAAUAAUUUUAUUACUUGAAAGCUCCCAGUGUCAUGCAAAUGGUCAAAUCAAGUCUGCUUAAUGUAUUCAUAUCAUGCCGGUUUUUCCCAUUGAAAGAUGGAGUGUUUUGUUUUGUCUUUCAUUCAGAGGUCAAGAAUGAUCUGUUUUACUUACGUGUGCUACAAAAGACGAGUCUUCACUCUGGCAAGUAAGUCCAUUAAAUGGCUCUUUACUUGAA